UGGCCACCACCAUGCUAGGCUGGCUCAUAUCCUAGUCUUUGGCAGAUGCUAAAACAUCCAAAGACUGUGCGAUUGCGAUUGCGAUUUCGAUUUCUUGUCCACAUUUGCUCGUGUUUCUCCGUCCAUGGCGGCUGGGGAUGUAUACCUCCGCACCAACCGUUUCGAGGUGAAGCUUGAAGGCAUCACCUUCAAGAAGAAGGUCUUCGAAUCUUUAUGUGAAAUCGACUUCCUUUUCCCCGAGGGAAAGACGUGGGAUCAGCCCCCGGUUGUCGGCCUCGAUGUCAUGCCCCACCCCCGCGACCCGUCCAUCAUCCUUCUCUUCCUCAACUUUGGCGUCGGUUGCGUCAUCCUCCGCUUCUCCGCCGGGGAAUCACUCCCCGCCCCCAUCCACAGGUUCCUCGCCGACAAACGGAUCCGCUUCGUCGGCUUCGGCAUCACCGAGAAAAUCGAGCUCCUCCCCUUCAACAAAUUAGGUCUCAAAAGGGCGAAAAUCGACAUCGGCCACAUCGCGGCUAGGGUUUACAAGGACCCGAAAUACAAGCGGUACGAUCUCGGCGACCUCGCCCGCAAGGUCGUCGGGAUCAAGAGGAUGACCGGGCUCACCGACUCCGCCUCCUUUGACCGCCACGCGCAGAUCAAGCGCGUCAUCUGCCAGUUGUUCGUCACCAGCCUCGUGGCCACGCGAAUGUUCGACAAAAAGCGGAUCAUCAACAAAGAGAAGAAAACCACUUCCUCUUUCCUAAAAAAUCUCAAUUCUCUACAACUCCUCGCCGAGGGAUGGUUAAAGCUCCCCGGGAGAAAAAAGCGCCAAACCGGAGACGAGGACGACAUUGAAAUCCGGGCCCGGAUGGAGGAUCUCCUCGGCAGCAAGCGCCGAGAGGAUCCUUUCCCCGACUACCUUGCGGAGGUCAACGACUUUGACCUCCCGAGCGGGGACGAUUCGCCGAUAUUCAAAUUCGACGGAGACUCCCCAAGGUCUUCGUCGGGAGGAGACAACGAGAAAAGCGGGAACUCUAGCGACGACGAGGACGAUGAGUCAUCAUCGUCGUCGGGAGGCGGGACGAAGAAGCCUAUCAAGGGGAUCUUGAAGUGUCCGUCGACGACGUUGAAUCGGAGCGGGUCGUGUCGAUCGCCCGGGGUGUUAACACCGUUGUCGCCGUCGCCAGCGCCGUCGCCGCUGAGUGAGAAACUGAGAAGGGCGAACUCGAAAGGGUGCAAUGUAAAGUUUAAUAUGUAAUAGGUGGGCAGUUGAGUGAUUACUGCAUUAGCUGUUAGGGAUAUUUACUCAAAUGUGAACAAUAGGAUAUUCUGAAAGGCGUGAACAACACUUUCAGAUCAAAUCAAUUUGGCGGUUCUACCAAUAUUUGAUCGGAUACAAUUCAGGUUUAAAAGUUUCGUAUGUUGA